GAAAGUGUUUUUGUGAGAUAUAUAUAAGUUGUGAGGGUCAGACUGGCACUAGACCUGCUAUAUUGUAGACUACAAUAACAUACGGACAAGCUUUCAGUGAAAAAUGGACUCCUUUUACAUCGUGACGAUUGGAGUUCUUACAGUAUUACAAAUAAGUUUCCAGCUAUCGACAGGGGCUACAGUCGCGCCUGUAGCAGAAAACACGUGUCCAAGGUUACUGACCAGAACGGAAAAUGGUUCUCUCAUCGUUGAGUAUCAAGCCUCUAAUGAAAACUGUGAAAUGGUUGUAACAACAGAAACUGUCCAACUACGGCCGUCAACGGAAAUUAUGGCGUUUAAGAAAAAACACAAGACCAUCCGACGGCCAUUAGUCAGUUUCAGAAAUAGAAGUAACCUUGAAGGCCAGUUGCCGUGCAAGCCUCUCAUCCAUAGCAGUUUAGGACCGUUUGCGUUUGUCAAUACAGUACCGGACCAGUGCCAGAUGCUUUUCAGAAUACAGAAAACCAAAAAUUCUAACUUUGAGCCGAAGCAGCCGAAGCAACCGAGACAGCCAAAAGAAAAAGGAAGUGGACGCAGAAAGGGCAAAAAGGAAGGCGGGAAAAAGGCAAAGAAAACAAAAACUCCGAGGCAUUAUUUCAUUCCAACGUUCGAAUACAUUGACGAAUUCCUUUACUGAUCCAUGGUGUGUUCCUGUACGGAUGUCCUGACGAAUACCUUUACUGAUCCAUGGUGUGUUCUUGUACGGGUGUCCAAACGAAUACCUUUACUGAUCCAUGGUGUGUUCCUGUACGAAUGUCCUCACGAACACCUUAACUGAUCCAUGGUGUGUUCCUGUACGUGUGUCCUGACGAAUACCUUUUCUGAUCCAUGGUGUGUUCCUGUACGUGUGUCCAAACGAAUACUUUUACUGAUCCAUGGUGUUUUUCUGUACGGGUGUCCUGACGAAUACCUUUACUGAUCUAUGGUGUGUUCCUGUACGAGUGUCCUUAAGAAUACC